ACGCGAAAUGUUGGCGGGUAGACAGCCAGAACGGAGAAUUUCCGUGCUGCUAAAAACGGCCGUGAUGAUACUAUAGUACCUUACAACGCCUCCCAGUUCCCUCGAUCAUUUUUAUUUGAGCAUGCGAUUAGUCACUACGCUGUUCUCAGAAGAGCAGACUGGACUUGCAUUGUUUCCGAAUGACCCGCCAAUUUACCGCGAACCUUGGAAACCUACAUAGUGAAGAUCCUCAAUGGGAUAUUCUUUCACUUGUGAGAUUUGAUAGGGCCUCUGUCUAAGACUAAUUGCCACCAAACAACUCUACUCUCCGUUGUCACCUCCUCCUCUGCUGGUACCAUCUGCUGCCGAUCUGAGGCAUAAGGAUACCGAAGCAUUGGUUCACUCUUCGUCGUGAAGCAACACCGCCAAUGGCCGACAAGGAUAAGCCGGCCCCGGCAAACCCGAAACUGCCCAACCUUUCUAAUGGCAGGAACGCGGCAUGGAGCAGCUCAUCCGAGUCAGAAAAGCCGAAAGAGAUCCCAAUUGCCGCACGGCUCAAAGGGCCAGGUCCAGCAGCUUACAAAUUGCCUUCUACAAUUGGAAUUAAUGCAAAAACCAUGAAGCGGGCCCCUGCUUACUCCUUCGGGAUCAAGCUGCGUUACGAACAACCGAAUCCUCAUGAGACGCCUGGGCCCAAUGUUUUCUUUCCGCAAACCACACGAGUUGGGCGAUCUCAAGGUCCUGCUUUCUCAUUGCAAGGAGGAUACAAAAAAGCGCGUAAAGAUGGUAUGGAUAAUCUUACCGAUGCAGAUACUCCCGGUCCCGGCAAAUAUAAUCCCGCGUACAUACCCUCGCGAGAACCCAAGGCGCCCGCAUAUAGCAUCGGAGGUCGCCGUCCGACAGAACGGCCGAAUGACAACCCAGGACCAGCCGAGUAUGCCGUCGCACCUACAUUGGGCGUUCAUCCAGCAAUUACAAUUCGGGCGGCCGCCGCAUACACUAUUAAACCACCUCGACCGGUGAAGCUUGAGUCUGUAUCCCCUGGACCUGCAGCAUAUUCUCCACUUGACCCCUCAAAAAUCAAAACUGCUGCACCUGCGUACUCACUUGGAUCGAGACCCCGUGGAGACUCGGACGGUCCUUUUGGUGGAGCGGGAGAAAUCCUUGAAGGUCAAACGGCCGCAGGCAACGCUCUUCAUACUGUGACUCCCGGCCCUGGACAAUACACUCCUGAUGUCAAAUUCAGCAAGAGCGCCAAGCCACAGUUCUCCUUCAGGUGCAAGCAUUCCGAAUAUGAGCUCUUCGUACCAGACACAGUCGAUGGCGAGUAUAUCUUUUAGGGAUGAUGGGAAUGUACUUGGAUGUAGCUAGCCCCUUUCCUGGAAAAUGUAUCCAAGAUCUUCAAUCUUCGUAACUUAUCCUCAGGCAGUAAACUCAAGUCUAUAACCAGCGGAGGGGUCCGUGUUGAUCCAAGAUUAAGGUGCUAGCCCAAACAGAACCAUAGCAAAUAGAUGACACUCAAAUCCUAUAUAUAGCCAAGAAAUGCCAA